AUGUCUAACUUUUCAUUUGAUCCUUCAUCAGGAUUAACCUGCUUGUCAUGCCGAGUUGUUUUUGCCAACAGCCUGAUACAAAGAGAACAUUACAAAAGCGACUGGCAUCGUUAUAACUUACAGAGGAAAUCGGAACAAGAGAAGGAUGCGGGCUCGAAGUUUUGUGAACUGUGUAACAAACAGUUCCAGUCUAAAAACGCUUUUGAAAAUCACACGAAUUCGAAAAAACAUAGAGAAAGUGAGAAGAGAAUGAAGUAUACAGAUAUAAACUUGGUAACCGUAACAAAUACUUUCAUUAAUCCUUAUCUCUGUGAUAUUGAAAAGAUAACUGAAUACAGGAACCAGAUACUGCGAAGCAGAGGGCAAAUGACAGCGAUUCCGAAUACAAACUGCCUUUUCUGUACAACUUCUUCUACUACAAUAGAAAAGAACCUGGAACAUAUGAGUGUUUCUCAUGGUUUUUUCCUUCCAGAUGCAGAAUACUGUGUGGAUGUUGAAGGGAUGUUGCAUUACCUAGGUAUGAAAGUCGGCAGUGGCAACAUGUGUUUGUUAUGCAACGAGAAGCGGAGACGUUUUUAUUCAGUUGAUGCAUGUCAGAAGCAUAUGCGUGACAAAGGACACUGUCGUGUAGCACACGAGGCAAGUGACAUGCUCGAGUACGAAGAAUUCUACGAUUACAGCCCCAUGUACAACGAUGAAAAUGAGGAUGAAAAACCCAUAAUCAUAGAAGAUUUUUCCCUGAUUCUACCAUCAGGGGCACAAAUUGGUCAUCGAUCUUUGAAGCGGUAUUAUAAACAACACUUGAGGGCGGAAAAUAGUCCGGCAUUGAUGAAACGAUCAGGAGAUAUCACCAAUAAAAUUAUCAAACAGUAUAAAGCUCUUGGUUGGACCGGUAUCACAGCCAAAGAUUUACGUUUUAUGAGGAAUUUGGAUGCGAAACGAUGGAUGAAACUAGGCGUACAAAGCAACAAGCUGUUCAUUUCCCAUGGUAGGGCGGAUCAGUGA